AGCUGCCUCCAGCCGACUCAGUGAGGCACUGACUCCCAGGCCACCUCACACCAUGGCCAUGAAAAUAGACAGCAGGUCUGGAGGGCUCCCCAACAGCGACUGCGACCUGGGCACAGCCCGGGAACAUAUGCUGGCGGUCACCCGAAACUACGUCACCCACCCCCGAGUCACCUACAGGACCGUGUGCAGUGUCAAUGGGCCCCUGGUAGUGCUGGACCAGGUCAAGUUUGCCCAGUAUGCUGAGAUAGUCAACUUCACCCUCCCAGAUGGAACUCAGAGGAGUGGCCAAGUGCUUGAGGUGGCUGGGACCAAGGCCAUUGUACAGGUGUUUGAAGGGACCUCCGGGAUCGAUGCCCAGAAGACCACCUGCGAGUUCACAGGGGACAUCCUACGGACUCCGGUGUCAGAGGACAUGCUGGGUCGGGUUUUCAAUGGCUCCGGCAAGCCCAUUGACAAAGGGCCAGCGGUCAUGGCGGAGGACUUUCUGGAUAUCAAUGGCCAGCCCAUCAACCCCCAUGACCGCAUCUACCCUGAGGAGAUGAUUCAGACGGGCAUUUCCCCCAUCGAUGUCAUGAACAGCAUUGCCCGUGGUCAGAAGAUCCCCAUUUUCUCAGCAGCUGGGCUCCCCCACAAUGAGAUUGCCGCCCAGAUCUGCCGCCAGGCUGGGCUGGUGAAGAAAUCCAAGGCAGUGCUGGAUUACGAUGAUGACAACUUCGCCAUUGUCUUUGCAGCCAUGGGGGUGAACAUGGAGACAGCCAGGUUCUUCAAGUCCGACUUCGAGCAGAAUGGAAGCAUGGGGAACGUCUGCCUCUUCCUGAACUUGGCCAACGACCCCACGAUUGAGCGGAUUAUCACCCCACGCCUGGCACUGACCACUGCUGAGUUCCUCGCCUACCAGUGUGAGAAGCACGUGCUGGUCAUACUGACUGACAUGAGUUCCUACGCAGAGGCCUUGCGGGAGGUCUCAGCUGCCAGAGAGGAAGUGCCUGGGCGCAGAGGUUUUCCGGGAUACAUGUACACAGACCUGGCCACCAUUUAUGAGAGAGCAGGCCGUGUGGAGGGCCGGGGUGGAUCCAUCACACAGAUCCCCAUCCUCACCAUGCCCAAUGAUGAUAUCACCCACCCCAUCCCAGACCUGACAGGCUUCAUCACAGAAGGACAGAUCUACGUGGACAGACAGCUGCAUAACAGACAGAUCUACCCCCCUAUCAACGUGCUCCCUUCCCUGUCGCGACUGAUGAAGUCCGCCAUUGGGGAGGGCAUGACGAGGAAGGACCAUGGGGAUGUCUCCAACCAGUUGUACGCCUGCUACGCCAUCGGGAAGGACGUGCAGGCCAUGAAGGCAGUGGUGGGGGAGGAGGCGCUCACCUCCGAGGACCUGCUGUACCUGGAAUUCCUGCAGAAGUUCGAAAAGAACUUCAUCAACCAGGGGCCCUACGAGAAUCGAUCGGUGUUCGAGUCGCUAGACCUGGGCUGGAAGCUGCUGCGCAUCUUCCCCAAGGAGAUGCUGAAGCGCAUCCCGCAGAACGUGAUCGACGAGUUCUACUCCCGCGAGGGGGCGCCGCAGGACGCGGUGUCGGACACUGCGCUCUAGCCCGGGCGCCGCCUGGCGCAGCUGCGCGUUCCUGUUACCCUUGCCCUUGGUGCCGGUGGCUGCCCACCCUUUCCCACUCGCCAUCUCCUCCUCCGUCAUUCCCCCGCUGCCCCCAGUACCCGAACUCGCCACUUACGCGCCCACCUUCAGACCUCUGCAGGCUACGGGGGCUCCCUCUGUCUCCCUAGAGUCCCGGCACUGGGAAAGACCACAGGGAAAGCCCUUAUCCUACUGUAUUUUUAUUUUUAUUUUAUUUUUUUCUGUAGUCGUGGUGCUGCUGCUGGGGACCUAACCCAGGACCUUGUGCAUGCUCAGCAGCAGCUCUGCCACUGAGCUACACCCCCAGGUCUGAAUUUUUAUUUCAAAAGCCCCCAAGAGAUGAAGUAACUGAGAUGAAUUAUCUUAGGCGAAAAUAAGAUUGACAAGGAAAUUUGAUAAUUGUUGAAGAUACAAACGAUGGAUGCAUGAAGUUCCUUAAACCAUUCUCUCUCCUAAAAGAAGGGGCGGGGUGAAUGAGGAGGAAAGGAAGGAAGGAAGGAGAGAAGGGAAAAGAACAGAGAAGGAAAAAAGAAGUAUUAGUGCCUCAACAACUGACAAUCAAAUUCCUCUUAGAGAGGUAUUUAUCUUUGUUAGGAACUAUCUUAUGUGUUUGACUUUUAAUAGUUCUGCUCCAGAGAUACUGAGGAGGAAUUUGGUUUGCUACAGACAGGAAGGCAGACGAGUUGUUAGGGAACUAGCCGGAGGGACAUGACAGACUGUGGGUGCAGAAGGCUGAGGAAAGACCCCUAAGGAAGAAAUUGGUGAAAGGCAUCCUAAAAUUCAGGAUGCCUGGGGCAUCUUUGGAAGUGGCCUGCUCUUCUGUGAUGACCUCUUCUGUCUGCCACAAUUACAAGGAAGUCAUAAAUAAUUCUUUAAAAAAAGCUUUGUCCACAGGGCUGGGAGAUGUCUUUAUUUAACAACUUUAUUGAGAUAUAAUUCAUACGCUAUUCCCUUUACCUCUUUAUAAUGACUUGACAGCUUUUAGUAUACUUAGAGCUGUGCAACCUUGACCACCAUCAAUUUUUAGAACUUUUUCAUUACUCGGAAAAGAAAGUGUGUAUCCCGCCCGAGCCAUCUUGCCUCAACUCCUCCCUCCUGGGCCCUCCCGGCCUUAAGCAACCAUUCAUCUACUUUUUAGCUCUAUGGAUUUGCUUGGACUGGCCGUCUUGUAUAAAUGAAAUGGUACAAUAUGUGUUUUUUUGUGACUGGUUUCAUUCUCUUAACAAAACAUUUUCAAGAUUCAUUCGUGUUUUAGUAGCUAUCAGUACUGCAUUGAUUUUUACUGCCAAAUAAUAUUUCAUAAUGUGAUAUCAAAUCUUUUGUUUACCCAUCAGUUUUUGGACAUGUAAGUCAUUUCCAUUUUUUUGGCUAUUAAUAAUGCUGCUAUGAACAUAAUGUAUGAGUUUUUAUGUGAACAUGUGUUCAUUUCUCUUGGGUAUACACCUAGGAGUAGAAUUGCUGGAUCAGAUGGUAACACAGUUCAACUUCUUGAGGAACUUCCAGAUUGCUUUCCAAAGUGGCUGCACCAGUUAACAUUUCUGUCAACAGUGCAUGAGGUUUCCAAUUUUUCCACAUCCUUAACAGCCCUUGUUAUUAUGUCUUUUUAUAGUUUUACUUCUUCUUUUCAAACCAAGAUGACUUUCUUUUCAUUUUCUUCUCUAAUUACCCUGGCUAGAACCUCCAGUAUAAUGUUGAAUAGAUGUAACAAGAGUAAACAUGCUUGUCUUGUUCCUUAUCUUAAAGGGUAAUGAAUUGGUUGUUCACCAUAAAUGUGAUGUUACCUGUGGAGUUUUCAAAUAAUCCCCUUACCAAGCUGAAGUUCAUUCUAAUCUAAGUUUUGAAUAUUUACCAUGAGAAGUUCGAAACUUUGUCAAAGAUGUUUUUUGUCUGCUGAGAUGAUCCUGGGUUUUUGUCCUUUAUUCUAUCAAUAUGGUAUGUAACCUUGAUUUUCAGAAGUUAACCCAAACUUGAAUUAUUAGAAUAAAUUCCACUUUGUCAUAGUGUACAAUCCUUUUUUACAUGUUAUGGAUUUGGCUUGAUAGUCUUUUGUUAAGGGUUUUUUUUACGUCUACAUUCACAAGAGAUAUUGGUCUGUGGAUAUUUUUUUCUUGAUAUGUCAUCUAAUUUUCAUACUAGGGUAAUACUAGUUUCAUAGAAUGAGUUGGAAUU